UGGCAUGUCCGGCGAUCCUAGCCCGAGAUUCGUGGUACGCGAGCCCUCCGACGGGCCCGAUCGACAAAUACGACCCCGAGCAACCUCCAUCCAUGGUCAUCAUCCACCACUCCCGACUUCCACCUUGCAGCACCACCGAAAGUUGUAUCGUACGAAUGCUAGAAUUGCAGAGGCUACACCAGAGAGAUCGCCACUGGUUCGACAUCGGUUUCAAUUUUGCGAUAGGUGGCGAUGGAUCUGUUUAUGAGGGACGAGGAUGGAAUCAAAAACCAGCGGCUGUUAAAAAUUACAAUAACAAAAGCAUCAACAUAGCAUUUCUCGGCGAUUUUAGCUCGAGCGUUCCCUCGGCGGAGAUGCUGAAAACGGCGCGGGACCUAAUCGACUGCGGCGUGCGGACCGGGAAAAUCUCGCGGGACUACAAGCUCGUGGGCUACUCGGAGCAAGACGUGAGCUCGAGCGUGAGCGGGCCGAGCAGCUCGACGUCAUCGCCGACGUCAGACUCGUCCGACUCCUCGUCAUCGCCGUCGUCAUUCCCGUCCUCCCUGUUCAGCCACCUCCAGAGCUGGCCGCACUGGUCCCCGAUGAACCUCACCGACCAGGCCGAGCCGCCCACCGAGCUCAAACUCGCCCUCCUCGUCGAAUAGGCCCACGCUCCACCCACCCCAGAUGAAAGCGCCCCGACCCAACGUCACACGAACGUGUUCAUGCUGAAAGGAACUAUGUCCGUAGAGUUUGCCUGAAAUAGUAGAAAAACAAGGGGGAAAAUCGGAAACAAGGCUAAAAUACACACAA